CGGGUUCUAGCGUCCCAUUGGUCACUCCUGCCGUGGAGGCCUCGCUCGCCUGAGCCGCGACAGUUCACGGGUCUGACCCUGCUGUCAUGUCGUCUGAAGACCCCCAGGAGACGCAGCCGCUGUUGCGGCCACCGGGAGCCAGGGCUCCCCGCGGCCGCCGCGUCUUCCUCGCUACCUUCGCCGCUGCUCUGGGGCCCCUCAGCUUCGGCUUCGCGCUCGGCUACAGCUCCCCCGCCAUCCCCAGUCUGCGGCGCACCGCACCCCCGGCCCUGCGCCUUGGAGACAGUGCGGCCUCCUGGUUCGGGGCCAUCGUGACCCUGGGCGCUGCAGCAGGGGGAGUACUGGGCGGCUGGCUCCUGGAUCGUGCAGGGCGCAAACUGAGCCUCCUGCUCUGCACUGUGCCCUUCGUGACCGGCUUUGCUGUCAUCACCGCGGCCUGGGACGUGUGGAUGCUGCUCGGAGGCCGCCUCCUCACCGGCCUAGCCUGCGGAGUCGCCUCACUAGUGGCACCGGUCUAUAUCUCGGAAAUCGCCUACCCAGCCGUGCGAGGACUGCUCGGCUCCUGUGUGCAGCUGAUGGUUGUCACUGGCAUCCUCCUGGCCUACGUGGCAGGCUGGGUCCUAGAGUGGCGCUGGCUGGCCGUGCUGGGCUGUGUGCCCCCCACCCUCAUGCUGUUACUCAUGUGCUACAUGCCCGAGACCCCACGCUUCCUUCUGACUCAGCACCAGUACCAGGAGGCCAUGGCUGCCCUGCGCUUCCUGUGGGGCUCUGAGGAGGGCUGGGAAGAGCCCCCUGUUGGGGCUGAGCACCAGGGCUUCCGGCUGGCCCUGCUGAGGCGCCCUGGCGUCUACAAGCCCCUCCUCAUCGGCAUUUCCCUCAUGACCUUCCAGCAGCUGUCGGGGGUCAAUGCCAUCAUGUUCUAUGCCAACAAUAUCUUUGAGGCAGCCAAGUUCAAGGACAGCAGCCUGGCCUCAGUCACUGUGGGCAUCAUCCAGGUCCUGUUCACUGCUGUGGCGGCCCUCAUCAUGGACAGAGCAGGGCGAAGGCUGCUUCUGGCCUUGUCGGGUGUGAUCAUGGUAUUCAGCAUGAGUGCCUUUGGUACCUACUUCAAACUGACGCAGAGUGUCCCCAGCAACUCCUCCCACGUAGGCCUCCUGGUGCCCAUCUGGGCGGAGCCUGUUGACAGCCACGUGGGGCUGGCCUGGCUGGCUGUAGGCAGCAUGUGCUUCUUCAUUGCUGGCUUCGCAGUAGGCUGGGGACCCAUCCCCUGGCUCCUCAUGUCAGAGAUCUUCCCUCUGCAUGUCAAGGGUGUGGCUACCGGCGUCUGUGUCCUCACCAACUGGAUCAUGGCCUUUCUGGUGACCAAAGAGUUUAGCAGCGUCAUGGAGAUCCUCAGACCCUAUGGUGCCUUCUGGCUCACUGCUGCCUUCUGUAUCCUCAGCGUCCUUUUUACCCUGACCUUUGUCCCUGAGACUAAAGGCAGGACUCUGGAACAAGUCACAGCCCAUUUCGAGGGACGAUGAUGGCAUCUGUGACUGGCCGCCCAGAGCUGAGCUGGCUUUGGGUUUCAGGAGUGGAGUGGCCUGCAGCUGAGCCUCCCUCAGUUUGAGCCUGGAGGCCCCUGACUCCUCAGGCCUCAGGGCCCGCUUUGUCCAGAUCUCAACCCGGAGCCACACGGUGAGGUUUACCAGAUUCUGAGUCCGGGCACUGCAGCCUGCUACAUACACAGGACCUCUGAGAAGCUUGCAGUCUCGCCUGACCAGGUGUCUCCUUCCUAGGCAGCUGAAGUGCUGGGAGAGUGUGUGGCUCCUGUUUUCUGGCUGGAGAACUUUGGGGUGUUCGGUUCUAAGCAGCUGCCUGCACCUCCCUUGACUGGGGGAUCAGAAAGGGACUUAGCCAUAUAAAAUAUGGGCUCAGAAGCAAGGUCAGAGCCCAGGUAGAGAAGAGAAUGUUCUUGUCAACCAAGCCGUUCUCAGGGCUGCCCAGACAUCCUCGGACUCACCUUGGGGUCAGCCAGCUUACCCAUCCCUUACAGGUUCUUCCCAGCCCUGUCCUGGGCUCAGUGUCCUGGGUCAUUAGCCACCAUAUCUUGUUGAGUUUCAGGAAAUAAAAAGCCUUACUGUUCAACUUUAA